CAAAUGCUGUCGAUGGUGGUCAGCCUUUCUGUCAACACUCACGACUGCACGAUUAUUGGGCCGGACUUAUAACACACGCGAGGCUCCUGCUGCCGGCCAGUCCUUCAGGAUGUCCAAGUACAAAGUCCUGGUGAUGAGGCACGGAGAAGGCGCCUGGACCAAAGAGAACCGCUUCUGCAGCUGGGUGGACCAGAGACUGAGCGAGGACGGGGUCAAGGAGGCCCGGGCGUGCGGUCACCUCCUGAAGGAAGCAGGCUUCCAGCUGGAUUUGGUGUUCACAUCUCUACUCAGCCGCUCCAUCCACACGGCCUGGCUCCUGCUGGAGGCCAUGGGGCAGGAGUGGGUCCCGGUGGUCAAGUCGUGGCGACUCAAUGAGCGCCAUUAUGGCGCUCUGAUUGGCCUGAACAGAGCCGAGAUGGCCCUCAACCAUGGGGAGGAGCAGGUGAAGCAGUGGAGGCGGAGCUACGAUCUCACGCCGCCACCCAUUGAUGAGUCACACCCGUACUUCCUUGAGAUCUACAAUGACCGGCGGUACUCCACCUGUGACGUCUCCAAAGAGGACCUCCCGAGGUCGGAGAGUUUGAAGGACGUUCUGGAGAGGCUCCAGCCCUACUGGGAUGGCACCAUCGUGCCAGAGAUCAGACAGGGGAAAUUGGUGCUCAUCUCUGGGCAUGGAAAUAGCUGCAGAGCUCUGCUAAAACAUCUGGAAGGAAUAUCAGAUGAAGAUAUUGUCAACGUGACCUUACCCACAGGAACGCCAAUUCUGAUUGAACUGGAUGAGAACUUCCGACCCACCAAACCCAUGCAGCUCUUGGGAGACCAGGAAGCUAUCCAGGCAGCCAUCAAGAAGGUUGAGGAUCAGGGAAAGGUUAAGCAAGUGUCUUGAAUCUGGUCCACAGUGUUUUUAGGUUAUGGAUCCUAGAAUCUACACUAGUGUACUGUAUUCUGGUGAAUCUAGGUUAUGGAUUCCGGAAUCUACAGUAGUCUUCUGCAUUCUGGUGAAUCUACAUUAUGGAUUCUAGAAUCUACAUUAGUCAACUGUAUUCUAGUUGGUCUAUAUUAUGAAUUCUAGAAUCUACAGUAGUCAACUAGCUAUAAGUGCUGCCUAUUUAGUAGAGUUGGGUGGUAUCCAGAUUUUCAUAUCGUCAUCUUGUCUUUCCCCCCACUUCUGGGUUCAUGAUAUUUCCGGUUUAUACCAAAACCUAGCAAAAAGCCAAUUACUACAAUGCUAUUAAUAUUGCCAUAAAUACUAGUGAUUUUCCAUAGAAGCUGUUACCUUAGAAAGCUAGCAACCAUACAAAUACACUUAUUGCAAGCUAGCUACAACUGUUAUUUUGUGGCACGUUAGGCCAAGCAAAAAUGUAUGAUAAGAGCUGUGUGUAGGCCUGCGGUAGCCAUUUGUUAGUUAUCAUUGGCCUGUGUGAGCAGGUGGCAGGAGCACUGAGGGGAGAAAUAAUUGACUUGCACUGUAAAGAUAAAAUAUCCAAAGUUCAUUUUUUACUUCUCAAACAUGGUAGUAAGCUAACACUAGGAUGUCCUGAUUAAUUCAGUCACUUAAUUGCUUAUCUAACUGGAUUGUUUACCACUAGCUCCUAAUUUUUCCAACAAUUUCCUUGCACGUGACGUGACCUGGCUCAAUGGAUCUGGGUAGGGCAGUUCAAAACAAUUUGCUCGAUCUCCUGACUUACUGCAAACAUUGAUGUGCAAGGAGAAAAAAAAGUAAAAUAUUUACAGUGCUAUUGACGAUAUUCAUAAGCUUUCUGGGGAUGUUUUUAAAUAUCUCAGAAUGUGUUAUGUAUGGUAAUUCUCUGAAACCUGCGACUUAGGCCCCAAUGAAAUCUGCAUUGACAACUGUGUGGAUUGUAGCACAAUAUCCAGACAUUAAUAUAGAAUUCCACAAUAUUCUACACUGUAUUGAGUUCUGCGGGAAAUCGACUAAAUGUGUCAGUAACUGCUCCCUAGUAAACUGCUCCCUAGUAAAUUACAAAACAAUAAGAAAAUUAAUCAGUGAUUCGUAAUUUCCUUCAACGACAUAGGAAUGCCCCACUCGUUGUCUCCGUGCUUGUGUGUGUGUGUAUGUGUGUUAUGCGUGUGGUGCGAACAUAGCUGCACUGUGUAGACAUUAGCGAUGUUGCAAAAUUGUAAUGAUAUUCCGAUUAAGAUGGAAAUUUUUGAGAGAAACAAAACAGAUUUUAUAGGGCUCAAGCAACUCUGAAGUCAUUUAUAGUUGCCUAAUAUGCAAAGGUUUAAUCAAAUGCACUAAAUACUCAAGUCUUACAGUGUAAUGACUAUGUAUGCAUGAGUGUGCUAUGCCCUGAAUACUUUUUUGGUGCAAUGUAAAAAUUAAAAUGAGCUAUUCCAGAAUUUUCUUCCUUCUAAGUGCUAUGUUUAGCCAGAUAACCCUCUCAAAAGGUAUAAUUUACAAAAUAAUUGUCUGAUGCUUUUAUUAAGGUACUUUGGAAUUAAAAAAAAUACUACUGUAGUUACAUUCCCCCAAUUUAGUUUUUUGAAAGCUGCGUCACACGUGCCUUCAAUGCCAGUACCUUAAUUUCUAAAGGACUUUUCCAUCGCAAAUUUGACACGUUUUAGGGCUGAGUUAUGACCGUGAGAGAAUCUUGCAGUUUAUGCCAGCUGCAGCUAUGACACAAGUACGAGUUAUUUAAUUUAGGAAAAUAUAUGUUCUAAACACUUCAUAACAAAUUACCUCAUUGAGUCUGACAGCCAAGCAAUUCAUUCCAAGGCAUGAGGCGGUGACUGUGUGAAGAUGAUUUUUGUAAAGAAACUGGUUGUGGAAACAGGUCAAACCUGAAAAUAACAUGUCUUAUUAAAUGGCUAAAUGCUAGUUUGAGACAUUGAUAAUAGCAUUUAUUCUCUAGAGGCUAAAUGCUAGUUUGAGACAUUGAUAAUAGCGUUUCUUCUCUAGAGGCUACAUGCUAGUUUGAGAUAUUGAUAAAAGCAUUUCUUGUCUAGAGGAUACAUGCUAGUUUGAGACAUUGAUAAUAGUAUUUCUUCUCAAGAGGCUACAUGCUAGUUUUUUUAUAAGAACUGACUGUACCUAAGUUGACAUACUGCACUAAAGCCAGAUUGAUGAUGACUUGCGGACGGUAUGUUGCGGUAUAAUUUAUCAUGAAAGUGUCUUUUGUUUAAAAUGUUGACUGAACCAAUGUAGAUAUUCCCAGACUUACCUGUCCUUUCUACCAAUUCUAGUUUUCUGAUUAUUUUAUUCCAUUUGUUAACAAUGAUAAACAAACAUUUAGGUCAAGUAUGGCCUUAAAAUAAUUCUUAACACACAAUGGUUUUAGUUUAUGUUAUGAACUUCACUGUGUAAAAUGCUGCAUUGGCAGCUCAAUACAUUGCUAUCAAAUGUUUUAGCACUUAAAGGGGAUACUACUAUUGAUAUUUCCACAAAAAAAUGUUUUAAUAUAAUUUCUUAUGCACUCCUUGUGACAAAUCCCAUUCUUCACUUUUAAUGUCAUAACAUACAUAAUCCCCUUUCUUGAAGUUAAUACAUUACAUUUCAGAGGUUGAUGAUGGCAAAAUUAUUGCAGAUCCAUAACCAAACAACAGCAACUUUUGGUGAUUGCAACCCCUUUUCACGUCAUUAAAGUAGGAAAAACUAUUCAGCCGUUGUACUUCAUGUUGCACGGUCUGUUACAUCUGUUUCUGAUUUUUUUCUUUGUGGGUCAAUACUGUGAUGCUUGUUCCUUAUUACACAGGAAACCUACCUGUUUGUUUGCUGCUGUCGUGUGUUUUCUUGUCUCAUUUUGUAUUAUUCAGGAGUCUGUCAAAAAUAAGUUUUUAUACUCCACUCGGAUUAUGAUAACCAACUUCUUCUGUGCUGUUGUGCUCUAUUUGGGACAUUGUGAAAAUUACGACUAAUAGGCAAUGUCAUUAGUUUACCCGUAAAUAUGUAAAUAUAUUGGUACUACAAAAAACAGUGGUAAUGUCCUGUAAGAUUUUCCGUAAAGCAUUGUGUUAUACCCACUGUCAUCCAUCCUUAAUGUUAAUCAUAAGAUAUUGACAAUAGGACGUAUUUGACUUGAGCUAAAUUAAAUUUGAAAUUAAAAUGAA